CCAGCCUGGAGGAGCCCUAUGAGCGUGUUCUCUCCCUAUCCCGCCCAGCAAGGGCUUUCUGAACUCCGUGCUGCGAGUGUGUGCUGUCUGAGUGGGUAUGAGUGUGCCAGUGUGUAUGUGUGUAGGGGGGUGCUGUCUUCUCCAGCCAGCCUCAUUAUCUACCCAAGACGGAAUCCCCCUAGAGGGGCCCCCUUGGCCCAGCUAUUUUCUGGGAAGUCAAGAUGCUGAAGGUCAGGGCCUCAUCCCUCCACCGCUUCCUUCGGCUCCCCACCACUGGCAGGUUCCUCAGCUCUGGGGCAGCUCCUCCCAGCUCUGCUCUGCUCAGCACUGGUGACGGCAGUUCCCAGACUCCACCUCCGUACAUCUCCCUAGCAGGCAGGAUGACCCAAAACAUGCUGACUGUGAAUGGGGUCGAUGUGGCCUCCACGCUGUCCCAGCCCACCCACAUCGACAUCCACAUCCACCAGGAAUCCGCUUUGGCACAACUGCUAAAAGCUGGGAAUUCCCUGAAGGAGCGCCUUUCUCACCGCCCUUCCAAGGCCAGGAUAAGCCAUGGCCAGCUGGCACUAGGGGUGGCCCAGGUGCUGCUAGGGGCUGUGAGCUGUGCUCUCGGAGCCCUUCUCUACUUGGGGCCCUGGACUGAGCUGCGUGCCUCAGGCUGUGCCUUCUGGGCAGGGUCUGUGGCCAUAGCAGCAGGAGCUGGGGCCAUUGCUCAUGAGAAGCACCGGGGCAAACUUUCAGGCUGCGUAUCAGGCCUGCUCAUCCUGGCUGGCAUUGCCACGGCCACGGCUGCUGUUGUCCUCUGUGUGAAUAGCUUAAUCUGGCAACCUGAUGGCUUCUUCGACAUCAGCUCCGUGUGUCAUUCUUUAGUCCCUGUCACCACCACCGCUGCGUACCGUCAGAGGAGGCGAGGCAGUUCCUAUACACUGUGGGAGGAGGAUCGCUGCAGAAACUACAUGCAAAUGCUGAUGAACUUCUUCCUGGGAAUCCGCGCUCUGCUCCUGGCCAUCUGUGUCCUGCAGGUCAUUGUAUCCUUGGCUUCCUUGGUCAUAGGUCUUCGAAGCUUGUGUGGCCAGAGCUCCCGGGCCCUGGAUGAGGAAGGGUCAGAGAGGAAGCUACUAGGGGAGAACUCAGUGCCUCGCUCCCCCUCCAAGGAGAAGCCCACAGCUACCAUUGUCCUGUGAGCAGCCCAAGACCUUGCCUGGACCCUGCACGUCCUUCCAGAGCAGCCCAGGGCCUGUGCAGAGGGGCACAUGCUCCCCAGGGCCCCUCCCUGCCCUGUCCCUCACACUUGCUUCCUUUGGCCCCGCCUCCUCUCCCCCUCACCCACUCUCCUACUCGUGUCCUCAAUUCAAUGGACAGGUAUUGUCAUGUUUUCCUCAAUGCUGAUUAAAGAGAAUCGACUACAAACAAAAAUUUUGUGCAGGAAGGAUGUGGUCUCCCUUUGUUGAUAUGCGUGGUGUGUUGAUACACAAGGAAUUAAACAAAAGUUAUUUAUCUUAUGGCCACAAGGUUCCAAUAAGACUCAAUUUAAUUAUGUUCUGCUCUAUAUCCCAAGUGCAAAAACUCCUUGUUAGGAUUUCUUUCUGUUCAAUGUAAAGUGAAAAUAACC